CAGAGGUUUUAGCCUUUAGGGUUGAGGGAGAAACAGAUUGAGAAGAGAAUAUGGCAGCUGCGAUUACUAGAAGAACCGCUUAUUUGCGUGUUCUGUGGAGAUCAACGAGCUCAAAAAGCAAUUCUCAUCCAAUAUUACCAGCUUCGAUUCAAUCGAGUUCCAUGUUUCAACAUUCGCGAAUCUCUGCUCCUCGCUAUCUGUCUCGGUUUCGACAAGAGCCACUGUUCUUGAGCUCUCUUCUCCCCGUCCACAGUGCGAUUGCGUCCGCAUGCCUCGUUUCGAAGCUUCCCAGUGAAGCCAGCACUUCCACAGAAGGUAGGUUUGUUAACUACCUCAGUCCCAUCUAGUGGGGAAGCAGACAGUCAACCAAGGCCUUGGACAUGGAACCUACUGUAACCAGCAAAUAGGGGGUUUAUACAUUUGACAUUCCUAAUACAAACACAUGAUUGGUCAGCAACAUUCUUCCAACGUUGUUUACUGGUAGCUAAGUUCUUUGUUUUUCAGUUCACUAUAUGUUUUAUUUAGUUUUUCAUCUUCCAAUUUUGAGGAGGUCAAUCAGCAAUAUUUCCUUCUUGGAUCUUUACCAAUAAAUAAAUGCUUCAGUUGAGGAACCUGAAGGAUAAAGUGGCGUGCUUGUGGCAUUUUUUCUUUUAAUUAUAUAUGAAGUUGCAUAUUUGAAGAUUUCCUUGAUCUCUGCUUCUAACCUUUAUAUGAGAGUUGCAAGAUUUUGCUAUCAGUUUGUUUGAUGUCUACUACCAUUUUGUAUGGCAAGAUAGAACGUCUGGAUUUUAAUCUGAAAGGAAUAUUACUGCAUGUAAUUAUAUGU